AUAACAGAUUCAUCAGGGAAAAAAAAUUAAAAUACCCUUUUUUUUCCUUCACCCACUUUGUCGAUUUAAGAUAAGAGACCGCCUCUGGGAUUUGCCGGUGGAUAUUCCGGCGGCAUGCACCUUCUCGACUCGGCGACUCGUUUCGCCACCGUACGAUUCAGUCCGGUGCUCAAUCCUUCCCCUACACCUCAGCGCAGGCGAUUCUUCAGCGUAAGGGUUUGUCUUCCGUUCCCCAAGCAUCAAGCCAACUAUCAUAAAGAGCUCGAAUCCGCCAUUGAUGCCGUCGAGAGAGCAUGCCGUCUCUGUGUCGAUGUGAAGAGGUCGCUUUUUACUCGUGAAGGGAGCAUUCUUGAGAAGAAUGACCAAACUCCUGUUACUGUAGCCGAUUUCGGAGUGCAAGCUCUUGUCAGCUUGGAGCUUUCGAAAUCGUUUCCCUCUAUUCCCUUGGUGGCGGAAGAAGACUCUGCUUUCUUGCGUGAGAAUAAUCUCGUAGGUCCUGUGGCUGGUGAAGUUAUCGCCAAAGCAAGCCAUGGAGACAAGCAGUUGUCUGAUGCUGAUGUUCUAGAAGCGAUCGACAGAGGUGGGAAGGGUGCUAUUACAUUUUGCAACAAACCAGCAACUUAUUGGCUUAUCUAUUCUGGAACCACUGAUGUCUCACAGGUUUUGGAUCCAAUAGACGGCACUAGGGGGUUCCUUAAAGGAGACAAAGCCCUAUAUGUGGUAGGAUUGGCCCUUGUCGUAGACACUGAGAUUGUGUUAGGGGUCAUGGGCUGUCCAAACUGGCCAGGAGAUACGUCCGAUGGAUCCGCAGGGAUCUUGAUGCUCUCGCAUAUCGGCUGUGGAACAUGGACAAAGAGAUUAGGAGAUGUCUCUGGAAAAAUACCAGGUGGUUGGACAAGGUGCUUCGUCGAUGGUUGUGGCUUGAUACAGAAGGCUCGGUUUUGUAUUCCAGAGAGCCAGACCUGGGAAUCACUGCCGUUGUUUAGUUCGUUUAGUGCAAGAACGGAUGGCGACGAUAUAGAGGAUGAAGAAAUACGCCUUUUGCCCACAUGUUGUGGAAGUUUGUGCAAAUAUUUGAUGGUAGCGUCGGGUAGGGCAUCGAUAUUCUUUCUCCGAGCCAAAGCUCAGAAAACGAUCAAGGCUUGGGAUCAUGCUGUUGGCAUAGUAUGUGUUCAUGAAGCGGGCGGAAAGGUGACUGAUUGGGAAGGAGAUGAGAUCAAUCUGGAGGAAGAUCAAGCAGAAAGGAGGAUCAUAUUCCCGGCCGGAGGAGUUAUCGUCAGCAAUGGCAGAUUACACAACCAGAUUCUUGACAUGAUCUCCUCUGCUUCAUUUCAGCUCUCUGAAUGAUUGAUUCUAUGGUUAUGGUGUAACCAUUUCCAUUUAUGAAAUUUAAUAUCCUCCCCUCCCCCGGCCGGGGGAUAUAGAAAUUUACAAUAUACACACUCUUCCCAUUUGUAAUGGAGGGAGGAAACUGUGACAAAUUCUCUUUCUAGGAUGUUCUCAAUUGAGAUUUUAAUAAUA